AUGCUGUCGCGUCUUCGCGGUGCUAUCGAUGCUCGGAUCGCAGAAGAACAAGCCCGUCAGCGAGCAGGGCAGGACUCGCUUUCCCGUUCCAACUCCGCUGCCCGCCGUACGAAUGCGUCGCCUGCCAGACAGUCCGGCGCGAGAACCAAAAGAAACAACAGCUUCUUAACACGCAGCCCCGAUCCUUCCGAGUUCGAUGCUGAGUUUGUUAUUGGCGACGAUGAUUCGUCAACGAGGACUAGUACACCUCGUCCGGAGCCAGAAGCCAGUGUCAAUGGAGCUGCUGGUGAGAGCGACGACAAGGUCGCUGAGCCGGCGCGAUCGACUCCUCCACCCGGAAAGCCUGCGCCUCCCACGUCGACUGAGCUGCCCACGGACGUUCGGGUCAAACUACGCAGACUAGAUAAGUUGGAAUCAAGAUAUCAAGAGUUGCUCAGCGCCUACCGAGUCGCUCAUGCCCGCGUUCUGUCGAUCGAACCUUUUGAAGCGGCACUCCGAGAGAAUACGCCCCUGACUUCUAUAAGCGAACCGCGGUCCUUGACCGAAUACCUGAAUCAGCUGACCCUUAAGGGAGAUAUGGUGGUUGACGAGUUGAAACGGGUGACUGCCGAAAGGGAUGAUUACAAGAAACGAUUCGAGGCCACCCGCGACAUUUCUGAUCAGGCUUCCGUUCAGAAAACUAGCCAGGACAACAACGAUCCUGGGUCCAACCUAACUGAGGAGGCGGUAAAUGAUCAGAACAUCCCCGGCAUUCAGACAUCAACAACUGGUGAAGACUCACUAGAUAACUCACAGAAAUCACCGACUACUUCAAUGACCUCCCGUGCAGCCUCGAUUCGUGGCCUAUUCUCUCCUAAAGCCAAGCCUCUCAAGUCUCCGCCUCCUCCAGAAGAGGCCGAGGAAUUCUUCUCUUUCGACAACGAAGUUCCAAAGCUAGAGGCGGAACUAAAUGAAAAGCAGCAGGAAGUGGAAAAGCUUAGGACGGAGAUCAACAAACUGAACGGAGAUCUGUCUGUAGCUCGGGAGUCUACUGAGAGCAUGGUUCACAGCCUGGAAGCUGCAACUCGCGAGCUUUUUGAGCUGCGAGAUAAAAAUGAGCGUCUUGAUUCACGGCUACGGGAAGAGGGCUCCGACUUACGGGGCCAAAUAAUUUCCUUGAAAUCUAGGCUGAGCGGCAUGGAGUUUGACUUCAGGAGUUGUUCGGAUGAUGUGGAGGACUUGGAAAUGCUGCUUGAAGAGAGAACAGAUGAAUUGCGGCGUAUAAAAACAGCAGAUCCGGCUGGUUCCGCAGAUCCCUCUCUCGAUCGGGUACGAUUUGAAGUUCUGCAAGGCGUCUAUUUGAACCUGAAAUCACGACUCAAAGAUGCGGAAUCUUCUGUUGAAUCCCUCACAUCUCGUCUCGUUUCCAGCGAAACUGAAGAAAAGAAUGCCAAAAAUCUUGUCGAUUUUAUAGACGAUAUUUAUAAGGAAAACGAGAAAUGGAAGAGUGCUAAGGAGCUGAUUUUAAGUGGUAAACCCGCUGAUUUCGAAGAAGUUCGAGAGAGUUUGACUAUGUCACAAACAGAAACGGCGCCUCCAGCAAGCAUUGCAGUUAGUCCUGCACCGGCUCCCGCUCCUGGAAAGAAGAAAAAUAGAAAGAAAAAGAAAGGCGGAAAGGCAGAUGCUGCGACCACCUCAGCGGGAUCAACUACUGCUCCCAUGCAACAACCAACUUCCAGUGGCUCGGCCAGCGAUUCACUUCAUGAACUAGAAAACAAGGUCCUAGCGCUCAAGACUGAGCUGGCUGAAAAGGACGCCGCUGUCGAGCGCCUGCACUCGAAGCUUAAAGGAGAAGAGACCCUUUCAGAAGAAAUCGAAUCUCUACGCGAUGAUCUCAUGAAUAUCGGGCAAGAACAUGUUGAAGCAAAGGAUAAAGUUAAGCAACUUUCUGUUGAAAAGGCCGCCCUUGAGAAGACUAUCGGCAAUUUGGAACAGGAAAUCGUCACAUUAAAGGCUAAUUCAGCUUCUGAGGACGAUGCUGAGGGCGCCCGGAAAAAUCUAGUAACUGAUUUUGAGGAUCUUAAAGUGAAAGCCGUAACAUUGGAGACGGAUUUAUCCGCGGCUCAGCAACUAGCAGCCGCUAGAUUCAAGGACCUUACGGAUCUACGUCAAGCCUUGCAGAAGAUACAACCCGAGUUAAAAACGCUACGUCAAGAAUCGACCGAACUGAAAGCUACAAGAGAGGAGUUGAAGAAUAAAGGCGCAGAAGUUGGUCGCUUGGAGAGACGGCAAGAGGAUCUCCGAAUAGAAAUUAAAGACUUGAAAUCGGCUAUUAGUGAAAAGGAGUCAGAGGCCAAAACGCUCAAUCAGAAAAUAAGUCAGGAGACCAAUGGCCGCUCUAAAGCCGAGCAGGCUCUUGAGGCCGCACGAUCCGAUAUUCGGUCAUCGGAAACGCAGAACAAAGAGGCCGUCGAGAAAAUCGAUUUGAUAACGAAAGAUCUUUCAAAGGCACAGGAAGAACUCCGAACCUCUGGCUCCAGGGUGCGGGAACUGGAUGAGCAGGUGUCGAAAUUGAACCGGGAACUUGGGAAUUUACAUGACGAGAUUCAGUUGAAAACAGCACAGCAUGCAAGCGCGCAAAGUUUGAUGAACAGCAUGCGUGAUCAGACAUCUGAACUAGCCAUGCAGGUUAAGGAGGCCCGUGAGCGCUGUGAAAGUUUGGAGGAAGAGCUUUCCGAUGCUCAGAGGCUGCUGACGGAGAGGACCAGGGAGGGUGAAACUAUGCGUCGGUUACUUUCCGAGGUAGAGCUGAGGGCGGAGCACAAAGUCCGAGACUUUAAGGAGCGACUAGAAACUGCUAUUGAAGAGCGUGAUCGAGCUGAAGAUGAGGCAAAUACGGUUGGCCGCAGGCGAGCAAGAGAAGUGGAAGAGUUGAAAACGAAAGCGCGCGAGGCCGAACGAUCCCUGCGUAGUGCUGAGGAGGACCGGGAGGAGCUACAUCAUUCCCAAAAGGAAUGGAAACGGCGUAGGGAGGAGCUUGAGAUGGAAAUGGAGCGAUCGAAACAAGAAUUGACAGACGUCAAGGAGGCCAUGUCGCAACUGCGGGAUGCGCUGGAUGAAAGCGAGAAGCAAACACGCGAGUUUGACCGGGAGAGGUCGGAGCUUCGCCAUGCUGUAGAAGAAGCGAAUCAGCGACUUGACAAAGCUCGCAAGACGAACAAGUCCUUAUCCGAGGAUCUGAAAGCUAUCAAUGCCAAUAAACGGCGGGUAGAAUCUGGGGGCCGUACGCCUCGGUCAUCCAUUGAUUCGGCAGCCCAGCGUGUAUUGUCGCCUCCGUCCAGGACGCGCAACGGCAGUCUAGCACCUGGUGAGCCGCCCACAGCGCCUGGAGGAGGAACCAUCGACCAUGUAUACCUCAAGAACGUCUUGCUGCAGUUCCUGGAACAAAAGGAUAAAAGUCACCAGAAGCAACUGAUACCUGUGCUAGGCAUGCUCUUACAUUUUGAUGCCAACGAUGAACAGAAGUGGAUAUCAGCUAUCUCGUCAAAGUGA